CGAAAGGCACCCAUGAAAUGGUGGUUUCUCGGACUAUUCACUUUGGGAGAGGCAAUCUCGGUGGGAUUUGUGUCGUCGUUCUAUGCCUACCGGUCCGUCAUAUCCGCCAUGGCGGCCACAAUGGCAGCCACUAUGUCAGUCUCAGUCUACACUGUCAUGCAAAAAAAUCCAAAAUAUGACUUGACACAGUGGGGUGCUGGCCUAUCGUCAGUUGCCAUGAUAUUCCUCCUCUAUGGUAUCAUUGGAAUGCUGCAAAUGUUCAACGUCAUUCCGGCCAACUUUUUGCCAUACAACGAUGCAAUCUACAGCUUUCUAGGGGCAACACUCUUCUCCUUCUACUUGGCACAUCAUACCAGGCUCAUUGUAGCUGGAAAACAUGCCAAGUAUCAAAUGAGUGAAAAGGAUUAUGUGUUGGGUGCCAUGACCCUAUACAAUGACAUUAUCAACAUGUUCAUUUACAUUUUGAGAAUCAUUGGUGAGGACAGAGACUGA